AUGGAUGCAAAUAAAAUAUCAUUUCUCAAUCAGAUUAUUGGUUUACUUCCUGAUUGUAUUUGUCUUGAUGUCAAACGUUAUAUCGCUUGCCAAUUCGCUUUGGAGAGUGACUUUGGAGAAUCGCCUAUGGCGUUAUGUUUAAAUAACUAUUGUGGUAUGAAAGUAGCUAAGUUAAGGAUAACCCUUGCUAUGAAUCUUGAUGAGGUUCUUAAAUUUGCAAAAUAUUCUGGUAUCUAUUCUUGUGUUCUGGAUUAUCUGCUUUGGCUUCAAUCCAAUAGAUUUACAAGGCAAGAACUUAAUACCUUAGAGUUAUUUAUUAAGCAUUUGUAUUUGUCUCGGUAUUGUCCUGAGCCUGGUUACGAAAACAAGAUUAACACCCUUUAUAAACAAUAUUAUGAGUAA